AUGACGGAGCUGCUUAUAGCGAGUAACGCCGUGCGCACCGUGGAUCCGUACGAGGCGUCGCUCUUCUUCGUGCCGUUCUUCUCGGCGCGACUCACGCUGUACCAUUUCAAGGACUGGGAGAACAACAUGCGCGGCGCCGUGGAGGAGGCAUCCAAGGUGCGCGGAAAGGGGGGCAGAGUGGGGGAGGGGAAGAGUGGGGAAGGGAGGAAGGGGGAGGGAGAGGGGGACUGGGUGGAGAGCGGAACGGAAGGAGGGACGGGAUUGGAUGAGGGGGAAAGUGGAGGAUGGGUGGGGAUGGAGGGAGGGGGAAAGGGGAGUUUCGAGGGGAUGCGCGAUGAAGGUAGCCAUUCAACGCAGUUUGAGGCGCCUCAAAAGACGUGUGGACAGAAAUCCUCACAACGUGUUCUGGAAUCCUUGAAACCCCUUGCCCCUGUUGGCUCUGCUCUGCAGGUGUGGACAGAAAUCCUCACAACAGUGCGCCGGAACUACCCCUUCUUCAACCGCACCAACGGCCGAGAUCACUUCAGCAUCCUCACGCUCGAUCACGGCCGUUGCCACUCGCUCACGUUCGUGGACCCGGGCCUCGUGGGCGAGAUGUUCUUUGUGACUUAUAACGGGGACAAACUCGUUAGGAGUGUACACGCAAGCAAGGAGCGCAACAUGCAGGCCAUAACAUACAACUACAGGAUCCCAGUGGACCCAUCACUACCAGACAUCCCCUGCUACCUGCCCGAUCGAGACAUUGUCGUGCCCGUGCUUGUUGCCAAGGGGCUGCCACUGGUGGCGCCGUGGGAGGGUGAGAGGGAUCGCGCUGUGCUGUUCCGGUUUGGAGCAGGGCAGCACCAUGGCGUGCCGAUAUGGCAUCACGGGCACCAGAUUCGGAAAGAGUUGCUGGAGGGUGAGAGGGAUCGCGCUGUGCUGUUCCGGUUUGGAGCAGGGCAGCACCAUGGCGUGCCGAUAUGGCAUCACGGGCACCAGAUUCGCAAGGAGUUGCUGGAGGUGAGGUGCGGUUGGAAUGGGAGGUGGGAUGGCUUGAUGGUGGGUCCUGCGCUCUUGGUUUCCCCGUGGGAGCUGUACAUGCAUGCAGGGUACGAGGGGUGGGACUUUGCAGAGAAGGGCGAGGGGGACACGGAUCCUGACUGGCGGAGGAGUGUCUUCUGCAUCUGCCCUCCCGGCCACUCCCAGUGGACCAGCCGCCCCUUCAAGGCGCUCAUCCCAGGCAUAGGGGACGAUGAGCUGGACUUAUUGUUUCCGUGCUUUCCCCCUGCCUCUCCCACCCACACGCAUUCCCUUCUUUCCCUGCUUCCCUUCCCCCUAUUCCUCCUUUCCCCCCACUUCCCUCUCCCCCCACUUCCCUCUCCCCAAACCCCACAGGCGCUCAUCUCAGGAUGCAUCCCAGUGACGUUCUUACGAUCCGAGGUCAUGACAAUCCCUGGGACGAUGAGCUCAAUCGCCUCCCUUUCCGAGGUCAUGACAAUCCCUGGGACGAUGAGCUCAACUUCUGGACGACCUCUUUCCGACUCCCCCCCUUUCCCCCAAUCGCCUUCCCCCAACCCGUCUCUCUCCCCACCCCAGGCGCUCAUCUCAGGGUGCAUCCCAGUGACGUUCUUCCGAGGCCACGACAACCCCUGGGAUGAUGAGCUGGACUACUCUUCAGUCCCAUGCUCCCCCAUAAAUUCCCCCCCACCCCUUCCCUUUCCCCCACCCCUUCCCUUUCCCCCACCCCUUCCCUUUCCCCCACCCCUUCCCUUUCCCCCACCCCUUCCCUUUCCCCCACCCCACUCCAGGCGCUCAUCUCAGGGUGCAUCCCAGUGA